UAUACUACGGCAUCUGCCUGGUGGGAGUUUUUGUGUAUGAAGCAUCCUGUGUAAAUGUUCAAUAUGAUGGAGAUCAGGUCCUAAAAAUCACCCCGCAGACAGAUGCUCAUGCUCAAUACCUGAGAGAAGUAGCUGAAAAGUGGAUGCUUGAUCUAUGGCAGCCAGACAUGACUGAAGAUAUAGCCACAUUAAGGGAGAUUCAUGUGCGGAUUCCAUAUUCUCACGUUGAGGAAAUGAAAGAAAAACUUCUCCAGCAAGCAAUUCCUUUUACGAUCAUGAUUGAAGAUGUACAAAAACUAAUAGACAAAAGUACUGUGACUGACCGCAAAAUGCAGAAAAUAUCAUUGGAAAGCUAUGACUAUAAAAAGUAUCAUCCAAUGACAGAGAUCUAUGAAUGGAUGGAUGAGGUUAAAGAAAGACAUGGUGAUCUGGUAACGCACCAUUAUUUAGGAAGCACAUAUGAACAUCGGCCAAUCUAUUAUUUCAAAAUUGGAUGGCCAUCAGACAAGCAGAAAAAAGUUGUUGUUAUUGACUGUGGAAUUCAUGCUCGUGAAUGGAUUGCUGUUGCUUUUUGCCAGUGGUUUGUAAAAGAGAUCCUUGCUAACCACAAAAGUGACCGCAUACUUCCGAAUGUCCUCAGCCAAGUUGACUUCUACGUCAUACCUGUCGUAAAUGUUGAUGGGUAUAUAUACUCCUGGACAAAUGAGCGCCUGUGGAGAAAAAAUCGAUCACCACAAGGAAAUGGAACCUGCUAUGGUGUAGACCUAAACAGAAAUUUUAAUUCACAAUGGUGUUCUGUUGGUGCUUCUAGAAAUUGCUCUAGCCUUACUUACUGUGGUCCAGAAGCAGCUUCAGAACUUGAAACAAAGGCACUGGUUUCUCUUGUUGAACGACAUAGACCUAACAUUUUAAGUUAUCUCACCAUUCAUUCUUAUGGACAAUAUAUCCUACUUCCUUUUGGCUACAAAAAAAAUGAAUCUGAAAACCAUAAAGAAUUGACAGAGGUUGCAGAAAAGGCUGCAGCAAAAUUAAAGGAAAAACAUGGCAAAGUAUACACUGUGGGCUCAUCAUCUGUUGUGUUGUAUGAUAAUUCUGGGUCCUCAGCGGACUGGGCUGCUGACCUUAAAAUAAAAUUGGCCUAUACCUUUGAACUAAGAGAUAAUGGAACGUAUGGCUUCCAGCUACCAGAAAACCAGAUUGAGCAAACAUGUGAAGAGAACAUUAUAGCUGUGAUGUCCAUGUUGGAAUAUAUCAAUGAAAAAUACCUUGAAAGUAAUGCAGUGAUUCUCUCUUCAUUUUGGUUAAAUACACUCCUUUCAUGUGCUGUGUGCAUGUAUUAUACACUAAUCCAUUAACUGUA